AUGAGUCUGGUGUCAGGCUUUCCUCACCAUCCGGUCAUGCACCACCACGACAGCCACCACUACUCCCUGCACGCCGCCGCAGCCGCUCGGUGUCACGAGGACACGGGAGCGCCUCCUUACUUCACCAGCUGGCUUAUUAGUCACGCGGAUAUGUCGCCCACCGAGUACGGCCUCGCGCCGGGCUACAGCCCCGAUUACCAUGGCAACAGUGGCACCGGGACCGUAGGCGGCCUGGAUCCUCACCACCGCCAUCACCACUACGGACACGGCGCGUUAGUCGCCGGCACCGGCGCGAUCUCGGUGAACGGAGCCCAGGUGGGCAUGCAUCACCACCACGCACAUCCCCGGACAGUCAAGCGGAGACCCACGGCAAACCGCAAAGAGAGGCGGCGGACGCAAAGUAUCAACUCGGCCUUCGCGGAACUGAGGGAGUGCAUCCCCAACGUCCCCGCGGACACGAAGCUGUCCAAGAUCAAGACGCUCCGGCUGGCCACCAGCUACAUCUCCUACCUGAUGGACAUCCUGGACAAGGACGGCCAGCACGGAGACACUCAGGCCUUCAAGGCCGAGCUGAAGAAGACAGAGGCGCGGGAGGAGCGGAGGAAGAGGGACACGGUGGAUAUCCCCAAGACAGCUUUAUCGUCAUCAUGCUCAUCGUCGUCCCCAUCCUCAUUGGGCGACAAGAAGACCAAAGGGCGGACAGGAUGGCCGCAACACGUCUGGGCUCUGGAACUCAAACAGUAG